AUGCUCACCACCAGGGGCCUCCUCCAGCUUCUCUUCGCUGCCUCUCUGCUUCUGAGGGCCUGGCACGGGGAGGCCCACUUUCAACCCAACAUGCUCCUGAUCAUGGCUGAUGACCUUGGCAUUGGAGACCUUGGCUGCUAUGGCAAUAAUACCAUAAGGACACCCAAUAUCGACCGCCUGGCCAGGGAGGGCGUGAGGCUGACCCAGCACCUGGCGGCUGCACCUCUCUGCACCCCAAGUCGAGCGGCCUUCCUGACGGGCAGACACUCCUUCCGCUCAGGCAUGGACGCCACAGACGGCUAUCGCGCCCUGCAGUGGAAUGCGGGCUCCGGGGGGCUCCCGGCCAACGAGACCACCUUCGCACGGGUCCUGCGGGAUCAGGGGUACACCACGGGCCUCAUAGGCAAGUGGCACCAAGGUGUGAACUGUGUGUCUCGUGGAGAUUUCUGCCACCACCCUCUAGGCCAUGGAUUUGACUAUUUCUACGGCAUGCCCUUCACUCUGGUCAAUGACUGCCACCCUGACCGGCCACCGGAGGUGGACGGAGCCCUGAGGGCCCAGCUCUGGCUGUGGACGCAGGCUUUGGCUGUGGGGGUGCUGACCCUGGCAGCGGGCAGGGCCUGGGGCGCUGUCCCCCUGCCCUGGAAGGCCGUGCUGGGCCUGGCUGCGCUGGCCGGCCUGUUCUUCUUGUCCUGGUACUCCAGCUUUGGGUACGUGCGACGCUGGAACUGCCUGGUGAUGAGAAACCAAGCUGUCACAGAGCAGCCCAUGGACCUGGAGAGGGCAGCCGGGCGGAUGUUGAAGGAGGCGGUCAGCUUCAUAGAAAGAAACAAACACAGGCCUUUUCUCCUGUUUGUGUCCCUGCUGCAUGUCCACAUCCCCCUGGUCACCACGGAAGCAUUUCUGGGGAGGAGUCUCCAUGGCUUGUAUGGGGACAAUGUGGAGGAGAUGGACUGGAUGGUGGGCAAAAUCCUGGACGCCAUUGAAGCAAACGGUCUGAGUAACUCCACCCUCACCUACUUCACCUCUGACCACGGGGGCCAUCUGGAGGCCAGAGAUGAGCGAGGGCAGCUUGGUGGUUGGAAUGGAAUUUAUAGAGGAGGCAAAGGCAUGGGUGGAUGGGAAGGAGGCAUCCGAGUGCCCGGCAUCUUCCGCUGGCCUGGAGUGCUGCCCGCUGGCCGGGUGGUCGAUGAGCCCACCAGCCUGAUGGAUGUCUUCCCCACUGUGGUCCAGCUGGGAGGCGGACAGGUGCCCCAGGACAGGGUCAUCGAUGGACACAACUUGCUGUCUUUGCUCCAAGGUUCCAGCCAGCACUCGGCACACGAGUUCCUGUUCCAUUACUGUGGCAAACAUCUCCACGCGGCACGUUGGCACCAGAAAGAGAGUGGAAGGCUCUGGAAGGUGCAUUAUAUGACUCCCAAGUUCCAUCCUGAAGGCACAGGAGGCUGCUAUGGCCAGGGUGUGUGUCCCUGCUCCGGACCGGGUGUGACCGUCCACAGCCCUCCUUUGCUUUUCGACCUGUCCCAGGACCCCUCAGAGACGCAUCCUUUGACCCCCAGCUCGGAACCCUUGCACGACGAGGUGCUGGCCAGGGUGGACAAGGCGGUGAAAGCCCAUCUGCGCACAGUCAGCCCGGUGCCCCAGCAGUUCUCAGCUGGCCACAUCAUGUGGAAGCCGUGGCUUCAGCCUUGCUGUGGGACCUUCCCAUUCUGCUCCUGCACUGAGGACGGACGUGAGGACGUGGGUGUCACCCCCCAAGGGUCAGCUCUAUGA